AUGGCUGUUGUUCGUAGGCGUUGGCUUGGCGGCAAUUGGAAGUGCAACGGCUCGCGUGAGCUGGUGUCUACACUGUCCGCCGUAAUGAACGAAACUGAGUUCGACGUCAGCAGCAUGGACGUUGUGCUCUUCCCGAGCAGCCUGUAUGUAGUCCCAUGCCUGGAGAAAUUCAAGCUGGAGCAAUUCAAGAUUGGUGUGCAGAACAUUUCGCAGCUCAAACCGGGCGCAUUCACCGGCGAAUUGGCUGCUCCUAUGUUGUCUGACCUCGGCCUCGAGUGGACAUUGAUUGGUCACUCUGAGCGUCGCUCCAUGUUCGGCGAGACCGACGAGGAUGUUGCUGCGAAGGUCGCCAUAACUCAGCAGGCGAAAUUGAACGCAGCUGUGUGCAUCGGUGAAAACCUGUCUGAACGCGAGGGCGGUCUAGUUGGUGAGGUCAUCACCCGCCAGCUUAACGCCUUCAUGACUGCCGUCACCGACUGGAGCCGCGUGGUGAUUGCAUACGAGCCUGUGUGGGCUAUUGGUACGGGCAAAGUGGCCACUACCGCGGAGGUUCUUGAGGCGCAUCAGUUGAUUCGUGACCUCCUUACCGAAAAAAUCGGCGCUGUCGCCGACACUGUGCGCAUCGUCUACGGCGGUUCGGUGAACGAGAACAACUGCGUCGACCUUAUGCAAACCCCCAACGUGGACGGUUUCCUGGUCGGCGGCAAGCGAAACGCAGAGUCAUCCACGGGAGCGUACGGUUCCGAGGGCCACGUGCCGUCUGAUCAUGUCAGUGCGUCCGGUUGCGAAGAUUCCACCGCCAAUUCACCAAAGAGGGCUCGAAUCGAUGUUAGCAGCCAUAUGACAGUGCAGGAUAUGGUUGCCAGCGUGGGCAAACAUGGCACUGUAGCAGGAAUGUCUCGUGAUUCCUCUGCUGACGAAGCUGAUCCAUCAUCGGAUACUUCCACCUCAGAAGAGCAGCAGCAAAAUGCGCGCGAAGAUGUCGAAAAUUUUGCAGAUGCUACUGAUGGAUCUCACUCAACGGAUGAUGGAAAUGCUGCAGACGACGUAUCGGAUUCCGAAGGUUUAAAGGCGGUGAACACCUAUGUUGGCAGGAUCAGGGAGAAGAUCGAUGCGGGCGAGCUCGACCAGUCAAUUGUGGACAGUCUGCAAUUGCAGCGCCUGGUGGAUGGAUGCGCCGUGCCUCUGGGUCAGGAGGAGGUAGAGGAGGUCGUGGCGGCGCCCGACGAAGAACAGCGCUCCCACCUCGAGGUGUUGAUGUCACGUCCUGCGCGCCAACAGAUCAAGGCAUUCGAAGGCAACGCGUACAUCCAGGGCAGCGAGGAGUACAACAUCUGGUACAACAAGUGGUCUGGUGAGCGCACCAAUACCGUCAACGGCCGAGCGACUUUGAUGCCGGCCAUGUACAAAUGCGACCCUGAACGCGACACGGGUUACACGCGUGGAAACUCGAGGAAUACCCUCGAUGAUUGUGGUACGAAGUACUGCUGUCUUUUCUUUGCCAAGGGUUGUUGCACAUUAGGUUCGAAGUGCAAUUACCUGCACCGCGUGCCGACAGUUGAGGACGAAUUCUUCCUGGAUUCCGGCGUCGAUAUAUUCGGCCGGGAACGACACGCCAAGCACCGCGAUGACAUGAGUGGGGUUGGCAGCUUCAUGACUGACUGCAAGAGCCUGUUCGUGGGCGACGUCUACCCUGAUAACGCGGAGUACAACCCCGUGGACAGCCUGAAACAGGCGCUGACCGAGGAGUUUGGCCGUUUUGGCCGAAUCGUUGAGAUGAAUGUUGUCCCUGCGAAAGGCAUCGCCUUCGUGACAUACGAGUCGCGCGUGAUUGCGGAGUUUGCAAAGGUAGCUAUGGCCAGUCAGCCAUUGGGUAACUAUUCCACUGCUCUUAACGUGAAAUGGGCCCACGACAUGAAGAAGGAAAACCGUAAGAAGGGUCACGAGCGAGCUGCAUUUGAAGCUCGUGUGAAACAGCACGAAUCUCAGCUUGAGGUGUUUCAGGAGUACUUUUUGAAGAACAACUUCCACACAACCGGACCCUCAGCCGCAGAACAGGCCAACGCGGAGCGUGCAGUUCGUGAGCGUGAAAGACUGGACAAGCUUCAUAACAUCCUCCGUGGCGCGGAGGGUGUCGACGACGACCGCUUCGAGGUGAGACUAUAG